AUCCACCAAGCGAAGCUACGUCCCCGUUCCAAGUUCGAAGCAGCAAAGAUUUAAAAAAAAAAAAAAAAACAGAGAAGAAUAAAACCCUAACCUCAGCAGAGAAGAAGAGCUCUGCCGCUGCGUAUUCCGAAUUCCCAUCGUACCCUGCCUCGAUCCCAGCCGUAGAUGGGCGACUCGGACGAGAGUAAGUUCCGUGAAGAAUCGGCCCGAGUCGUGGAGCUGGCAAAGGAGCUGCAGGACUCGGCCUCUUCCCACGUCUCCAGGACCUGGAACGAGCAGCAGUCGCUCUGCCAGAGAGCGCUCGCUCUCGAAUCCAAUAUCCAGAAGAUCCGAUCCUCGAUCGAAUCCGCUGUCAAAAAAGGGGCUGUCGAUCUGUGGGACGCCGAAAAGUUGGAUGAGGAAUUAUUCAAGGCGAGAUGCAUUAUCAGCGACGGAGAUGUUGCUUCGCUUCUUCCGAGCGAGGCUCAGGGUAGUUUCUUGAAGAUGUUUCUGGGUCCCAUCAACGUGCGGGCAACAAGGAAAGAUGUUCAGUUGAAAGUAAAAGAGGAGUACAACCAUUAUAGAGAUAGAACAGCGAUUCUGUUUCUUGUUUUCCCAUCGGCACUAUUACUUCUAAGAUAUUGGACCUGGAAUGGAUGCUUUCCAGUGCUACCAGUUCAGCUAUACCAGGCCUGGCUCUUAUUUCUCUACACAAGUUUGGCCUUGCGAGAGAAUAUCCUGAGAGUAAAUGGAAGUGAUAUUCGUCCAUGGUGGAUAUACCAUCAUUAUUGUGCUAUGCUGAUGGCACUUGUCAGUCUCACAUGGGAGAUUAAAGGGGAACCUGAUUGUUCUCGCAAGCAGAAAGGGGUACAACUAUUUUUGGCAUGGGCUAUGAUGCAAGGUGUUGCAAUGCUGCUACAGAACAGAUACCAGCGCCAAAGACUGUAUACUCGUAUUGCAUUAGGAAAGGCAAGGCGAAUGAUCACAUACAGCCCACAACACGUCACAUGUGUACGAACUUUAAUGCAUUUUCCUCCAUCUCAUGUGUUUAUGACAUUCAAGUUGUGCAAGAGGUGGGCCCCACUAUGAGGAUCAAUGUGUGUCAAAAUCAGGCCAAUCCACUUGUCCAGUAAGCCAUGCCAUCAAACAAAUGAAAGACCAAUGAUCUUAUGCAACUUAUAGGUGUGGUCCGCAUGAUGAGUGGCUUAAUCUGAUUUUCAUCCGGGGUGACCUUCAUGAUGAUUCUAACAUUGUUCGUUGCUCAGAUGUCUUACACAUGUAACACUUUACACUAUAGAAGCCCAACAUGUUUGUCACUAUGUGAUCAUUUGUCCACAUGGAAUGGUGUGCAUGCAUUGAUUCAACGGUGGGAUUGUCCAAUCAUUGUGUUUUUUAGGCUAAUGUGCAGUGUACAACUUGUGGUACGGUAUUAUCUUUCCUGCCAAGAUGCCACUUGUUUAGAAAAUCAGAACAGUGAAAACAAUAAGCCCCACCAUCAAGAUAACCCUAAGAAAUCAGGCUGAUUCGCUCAUUAGGUAGACCACAAAUUUAUGUUGAGUCAAACUCUCAGUUGUCUAUUGAUUCCAAUGGCAUGGUGUACCUGAUGAGUAGACUCGCUUGAUUUUUUGCCUGAUGGUCUUCAUGGUGGGGCCUAAUGUUUCCAUGGUACUAUUUUUAAAGAUUCUCUUUUUUCUUUGUAAAUGUAGAAAAAGGGGGCGACUCUCUUCUUGAGCCCACAAAAUGACAUGUUUAGAAGAUUUUCAAUGACAACGAGGGAUACUUUAUCCCUUCCAAACAUAUUUAAGAUAAUUUCCUAAUUAAUAUGUUAAACUUUAUAACAACCUUUUCAUACUUUUUAAUACCUUGACUACCCUUCUCU